AUGUCUGACACCGUCGGUACCCACUACGCCGUGCCCGUACAAGACAAGGACCUCUCCGAAGCUGAAAAGGGCGACACCUACUCCUACCCUCCAUCCUCAGCCAUCAAAGCGAAUGUCGCCGACGUGCUAGCAAACGCCUACGAGUACGACCCCUUCAGCGCCCAGACGGAGCAGAACGCUGGGGACUUUGUAGACUUUAGAUCAAUGGGAUGGGUGCAAGCUGGUCUUGUAGCUACCGCCGAGAACAUCGCGGUCGGUGUCUUGUCCUUCCCUUCCGUCUUCCUUCGACUCGGUAUCGUAGGCGGUCUUAUCGCCACCAUCGGCCUCGCCGUCCUGGCUUAUAUCACUUGCUGGAUCAUGAUCGACUUCAAACUGAGACACAUGGGUGUGAUGCACUACGGUGAUGCUGGUGGUGUCCUCUUUGGCCCGUGGGCUAGAAGGCUCUUUGGUACCGGUAUGGUCCUGAAGAGUAUCGGUCUCGCCGGAUCUCACGUUCUCGUUGGCCGACAAGCUAUCAACACGCUUAGUUCUUAUGCCAUCUGCAGCGUCUGGUACGCGCUCAUCAUUGCCGUGGUCAGCGUUUUGAUGUCGUACUCGCGAGAAUUUGGCAAGCUCGCCGCUCUCUCCUGGGUCUCCGUCUCGGCCAUUUUGAUCGCUUCCAUGAUCACCAUCGUCGGGACUGGCGCCCAGGCCGAUAGCAACCUCAUCGAGGACGGCGUCCCUAUCGAGUGGCACGCUUUCCCCACCGACCCCUCCUUGACGAACGUCAUCGGCGCCCUCACCAACAUCGUCUUUGCUUACGGUGGUAACAUGGCUGUCUUCAGUUUCUGCUCGGAGAUGCGAAACCCCAACGAUUUCAAGAAAUCUUUCGCCAUCACCCAAGGUCUCGGCGCCGUCGUCUACUGCAUCACCGGAGCCCUCGUCUACGUCUUUGGCGGCCAAUACGUCUCUUCCCCCGCCAUCACCAUGACCACCAGACCCGUCCGAAUCACCGCCUACUCCUUUGCCCUCGUCACCAUCAUGAUAUCUGGUGUCGUCGGCGCCAACGUCGGUGCCAAGUACCUCUACGUCAACACUUUCCGAAACUCGAAGCUCUUGACGUCCAAUAACAUUAGAGCCAAGCUUAGUUGGAUUGGUAUCGUCAUUUUCAUGUGGACCGCUGCGUUCAUUUUGGCAGAACUCAUUCCUUUCUUCAACCAGCUGUUGACAAUUGUCAGCUCCCUUUUCAGUGUUUGGUUCUCUUUCGGUCUUUGUGGUGUCAUCUGGUUUUACAACGUCCAUCCGUACUUUGGCGGACCCGGAGAGGAGCGAAAUCUCGAUGGACCCUGGAAGAAGAUCUUUUUUGGCUGUGCCGUACUCUCCAUUAUCCUCAGUAUUGCCAUCACACCUCUCGGUCUGUACAGUGCCAUUGAGGGUAUCAGAGACGGUUACUCUGCGGGUACUUUCUCCCACCCAUUCGCAUGCUCAUAA